GUCCUUAUAGUAGAUCAGCUAAUGUGGUUAUAAAGUUACUGUAGUUGCCUUUCUGAAAGCAAAUACAGUACUGAGUAUAUUAGUCCAUUUUGAGUUGCUUUAACAAAAUACCUAGUGCUGGGUGAAGAAUAAAGAAAUGAGGUUUAUGUAGCCCACAUUUCUAGAGAUUCAAGAGCAUGGCACUGAUAUAUGGCUUUGGUGAGGGCCACUUGGCAGAUGACAUCAGAAUGUGUCAGAGUGAUAGAAAUACACUUAGAUUUGUUGUUUUUUAAGAGACAGGGUUCCUCUAUAUUGCCCAGGCCUGCCCUGAACUCCUGGGCUUUAGUGAGCCUUCAGCCUUGGCCCCCAAAGAACUGGAAUUACAGGUGUUUGCAGCUAUGCCUGGUGAGAAAUGUACCUAAUAAAGGGAUUCAAGGGAGAUGCCAAGCACCCUUAUAAAAACCCAUUCUGUCAGGUACUAAUGCAGUCCCAAGAGACCUGCAUUCAUCCCUUUUGAGAGGGGUGCCCCAUUACCUAAUUACCUUCCAGUAGGCCUCACUUCUUAAAGGUUUUACUACCUCAGCAUUGCCACACUGAGGACCAAGCUUCCAGCUCAAAACCUUUAGGGACAUACUAAAACCAUACCCAAAGCACAUCCCUGAGUGUCCUAGAUUUACAUUUUGGAAUUCUGCUUAUAAUUUUCAGAGCCCUUAGGACCCCCUGACAAUAAUUCCUAGAAAUUCUGUCUUUGGGUGGUUUUAGCAGCAGAUGUCUGUCAUCACGUACAUUGUUGUGGUCAAGGCUAUUACAGCAGGUAAUCUGAACUGAAUGGUUUGGAUGAAACUGUACCAAGUGAUGUCCUCGCAUUGCCCAUUUUUAAGCAAGAAGAGUCAAGUUUGCCUCCUGAUAACGAGAAUGAAAUCCUACCUUUUCAAUAUGUGCUUUGUGCUGCCACCUCUCCAGCAGUGAAACUUCAUGAUGAAACUCUGACCUAUCUCAAUCAAGGGCAGUCUUAUGAAAUUCGAAUGCUAGACAAUAGGAAACUUGGAGAACUUCCAGAAAUUAAUGGCAAGUUGGUGAAGAGUAUAUUCCGUGUAGUGUUCCAUGACAGAAGGCUACAGUACACUGAACAUCAGCAGUUGGAGGGCUGGCGGUGGAACCGACCUGGUGAUAGAAUUCUUGAUAUAGAUAUCCCAAUGUCUGUGGGUAUAAUCGAUCCUAGAGCUAAUCCAACACAAUUAAAUACAGUGGAGUUUCUGUGGGACCCUGCAAAGAGGACAUCUGUGUUUAUUCAGGUACACUGUAUUAGCACAGAGUUCACAAUGAGGAAACAUGGAGGAGAAAAGGGGGUGCCAUUCCGAGUACAAAUUGAUACCUUCAAGGAGAAUGAGAAUGGGGAAUAUACUGAGCACUUACACUCAGCCAGUUGCCAGAUCAAAGUCUUCAAGCCCAAAGGUGCAGACAGAAAACAAAAAACAGAUAGAGAGAAAAUGGAGAAACGAACACCUCAUGAAAAGGAGAAAUAUCAGCCUUCCUAUGAGACAACUAUACUCACAGAGUGUUCUCCUUGGCCUGAGAUCACCUAUGUCAAUAAUUCCCCAUCACCUGGCUUUAACAGUUCCCAUAGCAGUUUUUCCCUUGGGGAAGGAAAUGGUUCACCAAACCACCAGCCAGAUCCUCCCCCUCCAGUCACUGAUAACCUCCUGCCAACAACCACACCUCAGGAAGCGCAGCAGUGGUUGCAUCGAAACCGUUUUUCUACAUUCACCAGGCUUUUUACCAACUUCUCAGGGGCAGAUUUAUUGAAACUAACUAGAGAUGAUGUGAUCCAAAUUUGUGGCCCUGCAGAUGGAAUCAGACUUUUUAAUGCAUUAAAAGGCCGGAUGGUGCGUCCAAGGUUAACCAUUUACGUCUGUCAGGAAUCAUUACAGUUGAGGGAACAGCAGCAGCAACAGCAGCAGCAACCACAACAGAAGCAUGAGGAUGGAGACUCAAAUGGUACUUUCUUCGUAUACCAUGCCAUCUAUCUAGAAGAACUGACAGCUGUUGAAUUGACAGAAAAAAUUGCUCAGCUUUUCAGCAUUUCUCCUCGACAGAUCAGCCAGAUUUAUAAGCAGGGGCCAACAGGAAUCCAUGUGCUCAUCAGUGAUGAGAUGAUACAGAACUUUCAGGAAGAAGCCUGUUUUAUUCUGGACACAAUGAAAGCAGAAACCAAUGAUAGCUAUCAUAUUAUACUGAAGUAGGAGUGGAGCAUCCCAUGCUCAGUGGCUGCUGCUUUCCUCACCUCUUGAAAACUGCCCUCUUGGCAUGUGAAUGGAGAUUUGAAGGUCUGCAGGAAUCUGGCUCAUCUGACUGUGUGGGGGGAAUCUAGACCCUGGAGGCAGAAUCCCAGCCCUCUGUGUUGGCCUAAGCUCUGUGUCACACACAGAUCACUGCCUAACAUGCAGUUCUGCAGAGAUUUUUUUUAGUUAAACUUUUGGCCCCUGUUAUUGAAUAUCAGUAGGAACUCCACAUCAUUUAGGUUAUAUGUAGGGCAUAGUGAUGAUGGGAAUUGUGUGAUGUUUAAUGGAAAGAUGUUAAAUUUUGUGAUAUGGAGUCAUGUAAUUUUUUCUAAUAUAAAAAUGAACAUCUAUAUUCAUAA